UUAGUCGAUGUUCUUAUUGUUUAUUAAUGAAUUCGGAAUUUGACGACAAUGGAAACGGACGCAAAUAUAGCGGACUUAACAACCGUGUCAUUUGCCGACUUUGAGACAAAGAACAGGGAUGAUAAUGCUAGAUUUGAUAAUUAUGGACAAUGUCAACCAAAACACGAUAUGGCAAUGGCGCUCGAUUUGGUAUUGGGCCAGAAAUCAGAGAACCUCUUUGAAACCGACCAAACUCCUACGCCGACGCGCCUUAUUAAAAACUGCGAUGAAGUUGGACUCUUUGAGGACCUGCAGCAUGUCAACCCGUUUGAUAUUGGAUUCCAGCGGGCAGCCGAGCAGAAUGCAGUUGGUGGUCAUGCGAUUCCCGUGACACCGACACGUUUAGAAGUGCCCCCCACCGACGGUGACUCGCUUCACACGCCACAGGUGUAUGCACUGGAUACGGCAACAGUGUCCGCAGUAGCACCGGCAGUUAGCAACAGCAGCAGUCCACUGGAUGUGGCCGUGCCCAAUGUAGAGGAUCUGCUGAAAACUCCCGCGCCCACUCCAGUGCCCACUGUAGCACAGAGUGAUCCACCACCACUGCAGUUAAUACAGCCACAAGUAAUUACUUGGGUGCUGCCAGCACAGACAUUUGCACUAUCCACUGUACCCGUCAGCAAUAGCAAACCAUUAAAGAGUCCGAAAGCCACACAAAAAGUACGACCGUUAAUAUUACCCAAGCCCAGUACAAAAGUCAAUUCCAAAGCUCCGUCAGCUGUUGUAGCAGCAAGCACACCGGUUCACGAGCCGAGCAGCGCCAGCCUGACGCCCACAUCACAGUUGCCCAUCAAGGAACGAUUGAAGGCCAUUCUAAAUAACAGUUACAACAAAAAGCAGCGCAGCUUUGAAACACCCGCUCCUAAAGCAAUGUCAGCAGUGAACCGUAACGAGGAUACCAUGUUUCGACGUCGUGCUGCCGCCUCCCGUUAUCGUCACAAGAUGCGAACGGAGCAUAAGGAGAUUAGGGACCACAAUGAAGAGCUCCAAAAGGAGAUUCGAGUGCUGCGUGAGAGAAUCGCAACUCUAGAGCGAGAACUGCAGCAGCAGAACAACAAUAACAAUAUUGCUGGUGUUGUGUCCAACCAAAUCCAAAUGCCUCCCUCCAGCAUACACCUUGUCAUCAAUGUGCCUAAAAUGAUAGUGCCUUCUUCAGAAUUCAGUCAAAGACUGGAUAAAAAGUGAUUAGCUCUAAAUUCCAUAUACAUAACCAUUAAAAUAAAAGGAAUCGGAUAUGCUUAUAUCUU